AUGUAAAAUAAAUUAUUAGAUAAAGUUUAAGAAGAAAAUGCAGCAAACAAGAUGAGUAAAUUGUUCAAAGGAAAUUAGAAUGAUUAUUAUGUUUCAAUGAAAGAGGAGGAUAGUCAUUAAAUCGAGAUGAAUAAAAUAUAAAGGAAAAAAGUAUUUUUAUCGGGUAGUGAAGAUGAAGAAGAAAGAUUGCCGACACAAAAUAUAAAAUAGGAAGAAAAUAAAUGUAAGAUUAAAUUAUUGAUAAUAGAAAUUCAAGUUUAUCAGAAACCAGAGAAUAGGAAUAGUGACAUUUUAGAUGAAGUACCUACAAAAGAGAAUAUUGAUGGAUUGAAUGAUAGAUCAUAAGUUGAAUUGACAAUAAAUUUAUAAGGAGGAAAAAAGAAAAGUAAAACAAAGAAAAAUAAAUAAAAAAAGAAAAAAGCGAAACAUUAAGCAGUACCAUUUAAUUGGAAUACUUAUAAAUUCUUAUUACACUAUCCCUUUUAACAUUUAAAAUUAACUAUAUUAGUGAAUGUAUUGAUAGUACUAUCUGCAAUAGCACAAAUGUUAUUACCAUGGAUACUUGGUAGAUUGAUUGAUGCAAUCACAAAAAAUGUAGAAUAAGCUCAAAAUUCAGAAUCAUAAAAUAAUACUAUUGAUGAAGAAUUGCAUUUAACUUUAUCAAAACAGUUUUUAUAUAUUUUGGCAACAUAUACUGUAUUAUCAUUAAUAAGAGCAUUUGUCAAUUAAAUUUGGUAAGAAUAGAUAUAUAAUGAUAUGAGAGAAGAUGUACUAAAGUCUUUUUUAUCAUUUGAUUUAACUUUCUUUCAUACUUAUAGAAAUGGUGAGAUAAUAUCUAGAAUGACAAAUGAUUUACAAUCAGCUAAAUCAGCUGUAAGUGGAAAUAUUAUUUUAUUAAUAAGAAAUUGUUGUUUAACAAUAUUUAAUAUAAUAAUAUUAUUUGCAUUAUCUUGGAAAGUGACUUUAGCAAUUUUGGCACCUAUGCCUAUAUAUACAGUUGUAGGAACAAUCCAUACAAAAUUAGCAAAAAAGUUUGAAAAAUUGGGUUCUGAAUAUUAAGCUAAAUUAACAACUUUAGCAGAUUAAAUAGUUUCAGGUGUAGUAACAGUAAAAAGUUUUUGUACAGAACAAUUUGAAAUUAAAAAAUUUCAUAAACAAUUAGAUUUAAAUAUAAAAUUAGCUUAAAAACGUGGAGUAAAUACAGGAUUUUAUUAAGCAUCUACUGCUUUAUUUACUUAAUUAGGAUCAUUGAUAGUAUUAUGGUAUGGUGGCAAAUUGGCUAUGAAUAAUUCAGCAGAAUUAUCAGCUGGGUAUAAUAUUGAUUAUAUAUUAUUAGUGAUUUAACUACUAUUAUAUUAUACUCUUUACAAUUAUCUUCAUCUAGUUAAGAUAUAAGUGAAUCUUUUGCUAAAAUCGUAACUGCUACUGGAGCUUUUGAAGGUGUGCUUGAUAUGCUUAAAUGGGAGUCUCUUGUUAAAGAAUCACCUGAUGCUAUAGAUCAUAUAACUCCAACAGGAGAAAUAUAAUUUAAAAAAGUAGUAUUCUCAUAUCCAAAUUCUUAAGUUCAAGUUUUAAAAGGAAUAUCACUUAUAAUUAAUAAAGGAGAAUAUGUUGCAUUUGUAGGACCUAGUGGUAGUGGUAAAUCAACAAUCAUGCAUUUAUUGGAAAGAUUCUAUGAUCCAUAAUCAGGUUCUAUUUAUUUUGAUGAUGUAAACAUAAAAUAGUUCAAACUUAAAACAUUAAGAAAAUCAAUAGGUUUAGUGUCAUAAGAUCCUGUUUUAUUUGAAGGAACUAUAGAAACUAAUAUCAUAUAUGGAACUGAAAAUUAUACAAAGGAUGAUUUUGAAUGGGCAACCAAAGCAGCAGGAGUUUGGUAAUUUGUUUCAGAUAAAGGUAAAUUUCCUCAUGGAUUUGAUACUUUUGUUGGAGAACAUGGUUAUACUUUAAGUGGAGGUUAAAAGUAAAGAAUUGUUAUUGCCAGAGCUUUAUUAAAAAGACCUAAAAUAUUAAUAUUCGAUGAAGCAACAUCAGCUCUAGAUGCUGAAAGUGAAUUUCAAGUUUAAUCUGCAAUUGAUGAAUUAAUUUAAAAAGGAAGCAAAAACAUUACUGUUUUAGUAAUAGCUCAUAGAUUGAGUACUAUUGUUAAUUGCAAUAGGAUUAUUGUAUUAUAAAAUGGUGUUGUAGCAGAAUAAGGAACACAUUAAGAAUUGCUUAAUAAUCCUGAUGGAAUUUAUAGACAAUUAGUAGAGAGAUAAAUAUCAGGAGUCAUUGAUUCUAAAGAUCAUGAUGGAGAUUCUGAAGCUUAAUGA